CAUAUCAUUUCCUCAGAAUCUCUUUCUUAUUAUAACACAAAACCAAACAUCAACUUUAGUUACUAAAACAAUGGCAUCAGGCUCAAUGUCUUCUUAUGGCUCUGGCUCAUGGACUGUUAAGCAGAACAAAGCCUUUGAGCGUGCUCUAGCAGUCUAUGACCAAGACACUCCUGACCGUUGGCACAAUAUUGCUAGAGCUGUUGGUGGUAAAACACCCGAAGAAGCUAAGAGACAAUAUGACCUUCUCGUGCGUGACAUCGAAAGCAUCGAGAAUGGUCACGUGCCGUUCCCUGACUACAAGACUACUACUGGAAGCAGCAACAGAGGCAGGCUGCGUGAUGAGGAAAAGAGGUAAUAAGACACAUUUUAUGCUAAUAACAAACUAAAUCAACUUUGUUUAUCCAU